UGCACCAUCUGCUGCCCAUGAGAGAAACAUGUUAGCCAUUCAGACGAGAGCAGGGAGGCAGCCAGCGAUCUGCAGUAAGAUACCAACAACCCCUCCUGAAUGAUGGUCAAAAUGAAGAGCCUGCAGCUAAAGGGGAGGAGAGUUUCGAUGAAGAGACACAGAUCGGCAGUGUCAGAGGACACAUUUGAACACUGAGGAACAACAGAAGCAGCAUCCUCUCUUCUUUGGAAAAUACUCUCAGUGGAAGGUACUUUGAAGACAGGCAUGUUUUAUUUUGACUAAUUACUUAUAUGUCUUGAGAUUUUUUGUAAAGAAUCAAGGUGGCGCCACAUACAAUGCACACGCCAGCCUCCAUGGUGAUGGGAAUUGUGUUCGCCCCUUUGGGAUUGGUCCUCGUCUUCACUGCCGCCAUCACCCCUCAGUGGAGAGAAGGACAAGCACGUCUGGGCAUGGCAGUGCCGGGGUCACUCCUUCGAUCAGGAGUGAAAGGUCAGGGGAUGGGCGUCAGGUCGGUGGAGUCGCUGCUCUUACUGCGCUCUGAUGGACUCUGGGAGAGCUGCCUUCAAGUGGAGCACUCGGAGCUGAAGCAGUGCUGGCCCGUGGGAGGUCCGUAUCAGAGAGACCCGAGGGUUCGACUAGCACAAGGUUUGAUCCUGACCUCAUUGUUCCUGUGCGGCACUGGCAUUGUUCUGGCAUGCAUCGGGGUGCGGUGUUGGACGGAUAUACCUCUGAGAGGUGUAGCAGCUACAGGCGGACUGCUGGUGGUGAUUGGCGGGCUGCUGAGCCUGACUGCACUCGCGGUGUACACUCACAACCUUGCAAGACUCGGGAUGGCCGAUCCAAGUCAGGUGAUCAGUAACCCCAAGUUCCCCCGGCUCAGCCUGCGUCCGGCUGGCUCGCUCUACUUCGGGUGGCUGGGUUCAUGUUUACAGGUUCUGGGGGGCGGCGCACUGCUGUUCAGCUUCAAACGACCAAGAUAUCCCACCUGCCCGUCCUGCCCAGAUCUGCCCGUCUGCCCUGCGUGUCGUUCGUGUCCAGAGAUGUCCAACAAGCCAGACACAAAUGUGUAUGAAGUCAGCUGUUAGAAUGUGAACCUCAAACUUUGAAUAUAUAAAGGGAUGGUUCAUCACAAAA